UGCAUGAUUGAUUGAAUAUGAUCGUCAUUAGGUACUCGUCUCGUCCCACCCCCAUCUUACUUGCACAUGUGAAACUGAAACUGAAACGAACCCACCCAAACAAAAAAAAACUACUCAACCAGCCCAACCGAACAAUCGUCCCUUCCGCCCGUCGACCCGCCUUGCCGCUUUUUUUCUCUUUCUCCACGAUUAGGGAUUCUCGGCAGUACAUACAUCAAGGGUAGAGUAGUGUAGAUACGAUCGAAAUCGGGCCAUUCAUUCGUUUCGUUUCAGUCCCGGGUUAGUUGUGGGUCGCAAGUUUGUCGAUCGAUUUGUUCUUUUUUUUUGUGUUUGUUUGUUUGUAUGAUAGGUAUUCUCCCCAGUGCCGGUGUUUGUUUGUACCUAGUGGUGGUUUGCAAGUGCAAUUUAGGCGUGGAGGUGGAGGGGGGGGGGUGUAGGGUUGCGAGCGAGCGAUCGAGGAAAAGGAUGGAUUAUGAGUGGGUUGCCUGCCGAGAUGCGAUGUCAAGAUGGCGUGCAUAUCGCUUGGUAACUAGGGGGGGUGGUCCCGGAACAAUACGGCGCGGAUGGUGUGUGGCGUCCCCUUCCUUGGUGAUGAAUCAUGGAUGAUUGGAGUCGAGUCUCGCUUUGCGCGGAGAGGUGGUAAUGCUUAUCCGGUGCGGUGGCCUAUGGACGGAGGGACGAGACAAGGAACGAGCGGUGAGAAAGAGAGACAGGAACGGAGGAAGGGAGGAGGGUGGGGGGGAGGGAGGGGGAGUAGCGAAUGACAGUGGUAGAUAUCGGCUCCUGUCCGGUCUCGCGUGGCAAUGGGGGUUUAUGCG